ACUAAGCAGACAGAAUUCGAUGGCUUCUGCUCUAUCCUACUGGACAGACAGAAUUCUAUGUGUGCUGCUUGUGUGCGUUGCCUUUCUUUUCCUGAACUUCUACCUGACCAGUUUCAUAUUUCUUGCAGAAGCUAGCAAUGUACAUAUCGUCUAUAUGGGAGCGAGACAUCAUGAAGAUUCAACCACUGUCGAAAGUUCCCACCAUGAAGUGUUGACCACCCUGCUUGGAAGCAAGGAAGCAGCUCAGGAUUCCAUCUUAUACAGCUACAAGCAUGGCUUCUCAGGCUUUGCAGCUAAGCUGACCAAGUCUCAGGCAGAUAGAGUUGCAGAGUUCCCUGGCAUUAUACAAGUGAUCCCCAAUCGAGUACGCAAACUCCAUACAACCCGAAGCUGGGAUUUUAUUGGGCUCCAUCGUAGUUCCGGUCGUAGCCUUCUAUCUGAAAGCAGAAUGGGUCGAGAGAUGAUUAUCGGUGUUAUAGAUUCAGGGAUCUGGCCGGAGUCGGAAAGCUUCAACGACAGAGGCAUGGGUCCAGUCCCAUCUCGUUGGAAGGGAGCUUGCGAGCAUGGAGAGCUCUUCAACUUCACAAACUGCAACAAGAAACUGAUCGGAGCCCGCUGGUUCGGGAAAGGAUUAAUUGCUGAGAAGGAAAGGCCGAUUAAAACCGCUGCACCUUCGGAGUACCUGUCUCCGAGAGACGCAACGGGUCAUGGAACGCAUACCGCUUCCACAGCAGCUGGUCGAUUAAUAAAGAACGCAAGUUAUAGAGGCUUGGCCGCAGGAACUGCUCGAGGUGGAGCACCUUUCGCUCGAUUAGCAGUUUAUAAGGCAUGCUGGGAUACACAUCCGGGAGAGUGCAGUGAUGCUGAUAUACUGAAGGCGUUCGAUGAGGCAAUACAUGAUGGGGUUGAUGUCAUAUCUGUGUCUCUCGGCAACCAUGUCCCCCUCUUAUCGUAUGUUGAAGAUGACUCGAUUUCCAUAGGCUCCUUCCAUGCAGCAGCGAGGGGGAUCAGUGUCGUGUGCUCUGCGGGAAAUGAUGGCCCAUUCUCUCAGACCGUCACAAACACCGCACCUUGGGUUACAACAGUUGCAGCCGCCUCUAUUGACAGGGCUUUCCCGACCGCCAUUAUACUUGGAAACAAUCACACAGUCUUGGUACUUAAAAUGAACUCUGCAUAUAAUAUUUUAAUUAGACAAUUAAAAGUAUCAGGCCACCGUCGGUCCGAACUGCAACAUUUGCUAGCUAAAAGAUUGGCCAAUCAAAGGGUUUCUACUUUCCAACGAGCCACCAGGAAUCGAUCUUCCGCUUAUCAAAUACAGAAGACCUGGAAGAAUUGGAAAACUAAGAAGCCUUUGAUCUCACACAUUUUGUUCCAUAAAUCUGUGCAGGGCCAAACCUUAAAUACCCGAGGGUAUAAAGGAGGGUUCCAUGAGCUGCGGUACUCAGAAUUUGUCAAGAAGGAAAAAGCGGAUGCCGAAUAUAGCCGGAGCUGUUAUAUCGGAACUCUCAAUGCAACACUAGCAAAAGGCAAGGUCAUUCUCUGCUUCUCAUCAUUGGCAGAAGAUGCAUAUAUAUCUGAAGCAGCUCAGUCUGUCUCAAGAGCAGGAGGCAUCGGUCUCAUCUUUGCACAAACACAAGAUAGUGAGCUUGACCCCUGCGAUGGGGUCCCUUGCAUUAAAGUAAAUUACGAGGUGGGCACCCAAAUACUUUCCUACAUCAGGCAAGCGAAGUUUCCAGUUGUGAAGUUGAGCCAUCCGAAGACUCUCACUGGGAGGUUAGCAUCCCCAAGAAUAGCUCAUUUCUCAUCUAGAGGGCCCAGCUCCCUGUCUCCUGCUUUCUUGAAGCCUGACAUCGCAGCACCUGGAGUCAGCAUUUUAGCAGCCCACAGGAAUCCAGCAGAUGCUGAUGACGCCUUUGCCUUUAUGUCGGGAACCUCAAUGGCCUGUCCUCACGUAACUGGAAUAGUUGCACUCAUCAAAUCCAUCCACCGGGACUGGUCCCCUGCGGCCAUAAGAUCUGCUCUCGUAACCACAGCCACUCAAACUGGCACGGAUGGAGGGCUGAUAGUAGCACAAGAUGGUAGCCGAAAGCCAGCUGACCCUUUUGACUAUGGAGGUGGCCAUGUUGAUCCAAAUAGAGCAGCAGAUCCAGGGCUAGUUUACAAUAUGAGCACGAUCGACUACGUUCCAUUUCUGUGCUCAUUGAGUUACAAUGAUCCUGCCAUUAGUAAUCUAAUGGAUCAGCAAAUCACCUGCCCAAUUACUACCUCAGAAUUGGACCUCAACCUGCCAUCGAUCGUCAUCCCGAAUCUUAAAGGGACCGCAACGAUCUCACGAACCAUGACAAAUGUCGGUCCAGCUAAUUCAGUGUAUGAAGCUCUAGUCCAUCCCCCUCGUGGCAUUAAAAUGCAGGUGAUGCCUCUGAUUCUUGAGUUCAAUUCUACCACCACCAGCAUCUCAUUCACAGUAACUUUCGCUUCUCCUAGCCGAAAGGUGCACUCGGAUUACCGAUUUGGAAGCCUGACGUGGACUGAUGGUGUGCAUGUUGUCAGAAGCCCUGUAGCCGUUCGUGCUAUCUUAUUUGAUUCAUAUUCAGACAUGUAAAAACGUCCAAGAAUGUGAAUUAACAAAUAGAUGGCAUAAAUUGCCAUCGAACAUAUCGUAGCAUAUCAUCAAUCUUAUGAAUUUGUUGUCUGGCUAAAGAAUCCGAGGUGCAAGCAACCCAAAUGCUAUGCUAUGUCUCAAGACUUUAUAUUAAUUCCAAUGAACUUAUAAAUUUAAUGUACAUGGAGUCAUUUAAUGUACGAAACUAUAAGUGGUAACGGAUGAAUUAUAGAGUUGGUUAGCGAGAAGCAAUGCACGCUUGUUCAUGUAUCACCAAUCUAUGUACAAAACGUAAGUAACUUGUGAUACUUGUAACCCAUCAUUCACUUGUUAAUGGAAAGGAAAUAAGCAAUGCAG